AUGGUUGGAAAAGUCAGCGAGCGCGUUCUCGCGCGGGAGGGUCUCGAGCGAACCGACAAUGGCAUGAAGCAGAGCAGUUGGCCGGAUGUGGUUCCGAUCAACCAAAAGAACUAUUACACCGAGUACAUGAAGCGUGACACACAAAUCCUACCAUUGCGACUCCAGUUCGAUGCGAACCUCGAUAGGAUCGCACAAAACGCAAAGGACAGAGAUCGAGAGCGAGCCUUGAACCCUAAGGGCGAGGUCCCGCUGGGUCUGCCGGAAGAGGACGAGUAUGAAGCCCAGGCCGAAGACGGCAGUGUGCCCGGCAAGAACGCCUCCGACCCUUCACGCAUCAUCAUCAUUCACCCUGGAAGCCAGAACCUGCGGAUAGGUUUUGCCAGCGAUGCACUUCCCAAGACGAUACCCAUGACCCUGGCGACUAGGUUCCCGCAGACAGAGUCCGAGCAGUACGAAGCCCUGCCAAGGAGGCAGUUUGAGGCCAAGACACCAGAUGAACAAUACGGAGAGGAAUGGUCGAAAAGGUACAACAAGAUGUGCAGCGACUUGAAGAUCGAUAUGCGCGCCAACAAGCGCAAGGUCCUGCCUAAUUCCAAGGAGCUGGUGGUUAAUUACAACCGGCGCGCUGAUCCCGAGGUGAUUCCGGUCCACAAUGACCCCCUGCAGGUCGAAUGGACCGAUGUGAAGUCGUUGGAGGACCCGAAUUCUGUUGCGUCCUGCUUCAUUGGCAACGAGGCCCAGAGGGUCCCCGACGAUUCCAACCCCAAGUUUAAGUUGUGGUGGCCGAUUCAACAUGGCUGGAUGAACGAGGACGACUACACGGCAGCGGAGCACCUAUACGACGACUUCGAGACCCUGCUUGACAAGGCGAUCCGACAGGAGCUUGGGUUGACCAAGAACAGCUCAUGGAAACACUACAGUUGUGUCUUUAUCAUUCCCGACCUGUACGACAAGAAAUACGUCGAACAGGCAUUGCGGUCGUGCAUGAACUGGUUCGAAUUCUCAAAGACCUGCUUCAUACAGGAGAGCAUGGCAGCAACCUUCGGGGCGGGCUAUACGCAGGCCUGCGUUGUCGACGUUGGCGCGCAAAAGACCUCAAUCACAUGCGUCGAGGACGGGCUCUGCAUCGAGGACUCGCGCGUCAACCUCAAGUACGGCGGAUAUGACGUGACAGAGACGUUCAUCAAGAUGAUGCUCUACGACAACUUCCCCUAUGCAGAUAUCAACCUCCGAAGGCGCUACGACUUCUUGCUGGCAGAAGAGCUCAAGAUCAAGCACUGCACCAUGACCCAGGCCGACAUCUCGGUGCAGCUCUUCCAGUUCCACCUCCGCGCACCCAACCAGCCCACGCGCAAGUACCAGUUCAAGACAUACGACGAGGUGAUUCUCGCCCCCAUGGGCUUCUACGACCCUGACAUGUUCGACAACUCGACGAAGCUCCGCGGGCGAAGGAAACUCAUCGACCGCUCCUACAACGCGUACGACGUAGAAGUGCCAGACGACCCUUUCUCAGCAGCACAGCUGGCCAUCUUGUCGCUGAACAAACCCUCGAUAAACCAAAUACCCAGUGCCAGCCAACCCGGUGCGGAAUUUUCCACGCCCAUGAAGGAGAAGCCCAACCCGUUCAACCACCUCACCCGCGACGGAACACCGCAGGCUUCCAACGCCGGCUCACCUGCGCCCGAAGGCGCCAGCACGCCCGUUCCUCCUCCGUUCGUGUUUGGAAAGGACAGCGCCAACGGAAACGGAAACGGCAGCCCAUCGCGCAACGGCGGCACGCCGGUGCCCCAGACUAACGGCAGCGGGCCCGGCCCGGCCAACGCUUCCCAGCCGCCUCCGGGCAUGUUCGUCGAGCGGGAGGAGAACCCGCUCAAGAAGAUGGCCGAGGAGCGCGACGAGGUGAUGCCGGUGGUCCCGCUCGACAUCGCCAUCCUCACGUCGAUCCAGAACGCGGGCAAGACGGACGACAAGAAGGUGCGCGACCUGCUGGGCUCCAUCAUGGUCAUCGGCGGCGGCGCCAAGGUCCCGCACUUCACCAGCUACCUCGAGGAGAAGCUGCGCGCCCGGAGGCCGGACAUUGCCGACCGGAUCCUCGUGUCGCGCAGCGCGAGGGACAUGGACGAGCAGGUCGUCGUCUGGAAGGGCGGCAGCGUCUUUGGCAAGCUGCCCAUGAACGACUCGUGGAUCACGCCGUUCGAGUACGAGAGGCUCGGGCCCAGGGUCCUCCAUCACAAGGUCCUCUGGGCCUGGUAG